GCGUAAAUCGUACACGCUUCGCCACCUUCCAGUUCCGUUAUAAAUCUCUCUUUCUUUCUCUCUCUAAACUCCAAUCUCCAAUCUCUCUUUCCCUCUCCACCUCUCUCUGUGAUUUGAAUUGCGUUUCGUUCUCAGCGAGCAUAAUGUCGUCGGGGCAGGUUAGGAAGGUGGAUACGACGCCGUUCGAUGGCCAGAAGCCCGGAACCUCUGGCCUCCGCAAGAAGGUGAAAGUUUUUACGCAACCUCAUUACUUGCAAAAUUUUGUUCAGUCAACAUUCAAUGCCCUUCCAUCGGAUCAAGUUAAAGGUGCUAGACUUGUUGUAUCUGGUGAUGGUCGCUAUUUCUCAAAGGAUGCCAUUCAGAUCAUCAUUAAGAUGGCAGCAGGCAAUGGAGUAAGAAGUGUUUGGGUCGGUCAGAAUGGAUUGCUUUCAACUCCUGCUGUGUCAGCUGUCGUACGUGAAAGAGUUGGUGCAGAUGGAUCAAGGGCAUCAGGAGCAUUUAUACUGACCGCCAGUCACAAUCCAGGUGGCCCAAAUGAGGAUUUUGGGAUUAAGUACAACAUGGGAAAUGGUGGACCUGCUCCAGAGUCAAUCACUGACAAGAUAUAUGAGAACACAACAAAAAUAAAGGAGUAUUUUACAGUCGACCUACCUGAUGUGGAUAUCACUAAGGUAGGUGUCACCACCUUUUCGGUGGACGGUGGAACUUUCGAUGUUGAUGUUUUUGAUUCGGCAAGUGAUUAUGUGAAAUUGAUGAAGUCAAUCUUUGAUUUCGAGUCUAUCCGGAAGCUGCUAUCAUCUCCAAAAUUCUCAUUCUGUUAUGACGCGCUUCAUGGAGUUGCUGGAGCUUAUGCAAAACGUAUUUUUGUGGAAGAGCUUGGUGCAAAAGAAAGCUCAUUACUGAACUGUGUACCCAAGGAAGACUUUGGAGGAGGGCAUCCAGAUCCUAAUCUGACCUAUGCAAAGGAGUUGGUUGCACGUAUGGGACUGGGUAAAUCAAAUACUGCAGAUGAGCCCCCAGAGUUUGGUGCUGCUGCUGAUGGUGAUGCUGAUCGUAACAUGGUCCUUGGUAAAAGGUUUUUUGUUACCCCAUCGGAUUCUGUAGCCAUCAUUGCUGCAAAUGCAGUUGACGCCAUACCUUACUUCAAAACUGGUCUGAAAGGAGUUGCCAGGAGCAUGCCUACCUCUGCUGCCCUUGAUGUUGUAGCCAAACAUUUGAAUUUGAAGUUUUUUGAGGUACCUACUGGCUGGAAAUUUUUCGGUAAUUUAAUGGAUGCUAGUUUAUGCUCAGUUUGUGGGGAAGAAAGUUUUGGAACAGGUUCCGACCAUAUCCGUGAGAAAGAUGGUAUCUGGGCAGUUUUAGCUUGGUUAUCCAUACUUGCUUAUAAAAAUAAGGAAAAUCUUGGCGGGGAGAAGCUUGUCAGUGUUGAGGACAUAGUUCGUAAGCAUUGGGCUACGUUUGGUCGCCAUUAUUAUACACGAUAUGACUAUGAGAAUGUGGAUGCAGGUAAAGCAAAGGAACUGAUGGCUUCUUUGGUGAAAUUGCAAUCUGACCUUUCUGAAGUCAACACGAUUGUGAAGGGCAUACGCUCUGAUGUUUCCAAUGUUGUCAACGCCGAUGAAUUUGAGUACAAGGAUACUGUUGACGGUUCCAUCUCAAAACACCAGGGGAUCCGGUACUUGUUUGAGGACGGAUCACGAUUGGUUUUCCGCCUCUCAGGAACCGGCUCAGAAGGUGCCACAAUCCGACUCUACAUUGAGCAGUAUGAGAAGGAUCCAUCGAAAAUUGGCAGAGAAUCCUCAGAAGCACUUAGUCCUCUUGUGGAGGUUGCUCUUAAGCUUUCGAAGAUGCAAGAGUUCACCGGACGAUCUGCCCCGACCGUCAUCACAUAGAUCCACAUCUCCAAAAUCCCAUGAACAAGGACCGGCUUGUUAUCAACAAAAGUAUUGGUAAUAAGAGAACCUUUUUUUUGUAACUUUAAUGGGUCUGUGGGUCUCUGAUGUCAACAAUUUUUGUUCGUCCAAAAUAAUGCGAAAGAUGUUUUGCAUUCUCUUGUCCAAAUCUGGUGUGCUUGGAGUUCCAAAAAAAAAAAUAAAAAAAUCUGGUGUGCUUUUCACCAAUGCAUAAUUUGCUUUUUA